AUGGAAUAUUCUGGUAUCAGCCUAACAAGUAAGUCGGGCGAUGACGUGGAGAGAGAUGCUGUACUUCAAACAGACAUUCGAUUACGAUUUGGCACUCGAAAGAUUCGAGCUUCUGGAGCUGCAUCAGAUCAUGCUCAUCUCAAUGUCCUACGACUGAAGAUUCGCAAGACUUUCAUUGGGGGAAUAAUCCAAUCCUUGUUCAAGAUUAUGUCGAAAGCCACCGGUACAUGGCUGCAAACCAAAUUUCCCGAGUGGUUUCUACCAUUAAAUAUCGUCUUGAAACGUCAAAAAGAGAACUGGGAAGAGGAAUUUGACCAUGAAAUCUUCGCGUACAACAGACUGCGACCUAUUCAAGGCCUCACAAUCCCCAAGCUCUACGGCACCAUCCAGUAUGCAAAUACCCGGGCCCUCAUACUUUCAGACAUCGGAGGGUCUAGUCUUUCAACGCCCGAGGGCGCCGUCUUGGAUGAGCAAGCUAUAGAGCCCUUGUUGCAUCAAGCCUUGACUUCGCUCAAUGAAUAUGGUGUUUGCCACGAUGAUACGAAACUCGACAACUUCCAUCUUGUGGCUGAUGAGGGAAAGGAUAAAAUCAUGAUUGUCGACUUGGAAUCUGCAGACUUUGAUCAGACUGAAGAAGAGCUUGCGUAUACGGCGAAGAACAAAACAAAGUCGCUGCUUCGUCAGUAUCGGAAUCAUCUAAAAUGUUUGGAGCAUGAUGGCGUGCUACUACCAAGACGGCCUGUUCGAAGAUGA